UCUCAAAGGAAGGCUGGCUGCUCUAAUACCUAAAAAAUUGCAACACCAGUAAGGAUUUUUUUUUUUCUACUCCAUCACCCUCGAAGGUGGUGGGAAAAGAACAUUCUCAGGAGCCGCAUCUGUUUGCAUCUGAGGGACAAUGGAUUGGCUGCUAUGUGCAAAGUGUACAGCCUUAUUUCUCAUAAUGAUUUCCCUAGAAUGCACCUGCAAUUGGAAUUUACAGGUUAAUGAAGGAAAAGAUGAAAAAGGACAAAUCAAAUGGAACAGUAUACAACUUAACAGGCAAAAGCGAGAAUGGCUGGCACCAGUUGUACAUUUGAGGGAAGAAGAAGACAACAGACACAGAAAUCCUAUAGCCAAGGUCCAUUCAGAUAAAGCGAUAAAGAAACAAAUAACAUAUCUGGUUUCUGGACCAGGUGUCAACCAGGAGCCUUUUAAUAUAUUCCUUAUUGAUGGGAAAACUGGAUAUCUGAAUGUGACAGGAAUAAAAGUUGAUCGUGAAGUUACACCUGUCUUCUUUUUAACUGUAAGGGCGCUGUCUGGAGGAGCAGAUGUGGAGAAACCUCUCUCCCUACGCAUCAGAGUUAUAGACAUUAAUGACAAUGCACCUGUGUUCUCACAAGCUGUUUUUAUUGGGGCAAUAGCUGAGCUAUCCAGUGCAAGCAGCCUUGUGAUGCAGAUCAUCGGUACUGAUGCAGAUGAAGAAAAUACAUUACAUUCGAAAAUUGCAUACAAAAUCAUUUCUCAGAAUCCUUCUAAUCCCGUAAUGUUCAUUAUGAAUAAACACACUGGAGAAGUCUUCACAGUGUCCGGUUCCCUAGAUCGGGAGGAAAUAAGUAGCUAUUCCCUGGUUGUUAGUGGAGCAGACAUGGAUGGAGCAGCUGGAGCCCUUUCUGGAGAAUGCAGUGCUUCCAUAAAUAUCCUUGAUGUCAAUGAUAACAUCCCUUCACUUGAGUAUGAGUCGUUUUCCAUUUCAGUAGAUGAAAAUAUGUUACAACAAGGAUUGCUCUUUAUCCAAGUAAAUGAUAGAGAUGAAAUGUACACAGACAACUGGGUGGCUGAAUUCGAAAUUGUGUCUGGAAAUGAAGGCGGUUGGUUUGUAAUUGAGACGGAUGCUGUAAAUAAUCGCGGUGUAUUACACGUUGUCAGGGAAUUAAACUAUGAAGCAAUGCAAAUGAUGAACCUUGGCUUUGUUGUGAGAAACAGGGCUCCCUUCCAUUCUUCUAUUAUAUCUCAGUACCAAGCGAAGGUGACUAACAUUGCCGUUCAUGUACAAAAUGUGAAUGAAGGAUUCGCUGUCAUCCCACGUCCAUUAGUUGUGAACAUUCCAGCAGGCCUGAGCAGGGAACAGUUGCUUAAUUAUAUACUGGUCAAACUGCAGAUGGAAAAUCUGGACACUGGGGAAAUUAUAACAAACGCAGUGUUUACCACAGAUGAAAAUAGUAGCAAAUGGUUAUUUAUUGAUGAACAGGGGAAUGUCAGACUUAUAGGCGAUCUACCUCGAGACACCGCUGGCAACGGCAAUUUCACUGCAAACAUCCUUGGAACAGACAACAGUGAUCCAAAUCGUCCAAAUAUCGUUUCUACCAUACUUACUGUGGAUGCUACAAAACCAACCUGCCCUGUGAUUACCUCUCAGUCAAGGACAGUAUGUUCAAGAAGUCCCCAGGUUGUUCUUCAGGCAGAUGAUGGUGUUGGAUUUGUCACUUCUCCGUUUACAUUCAGCCUUGUGUCCUCAUCAGAUAAUUCAUUUACCCUGACAAAAGUAAAUGAUACAAGUGCGAUGUUAACAACACAAAAUAUAAAUAACCGUAAUGUUACUGUUGACGUUCAAGUUACAAACAUAAAUGGUGAGAGUUGUGCCCAACCUGUACGUAUCCAACUGCAAGUCUGUGACUGUCUGGGAAAUGGAGACACCUGCACACAAGUAGGAACAUUCCAAAUGGGAACAAGAGUUGCGCUGGGCCCUGCAGCCAUUGGACUUUUGAUCAUGGGGUUCUUAGCACUUUUAUUGGUACCGCUAUUACUGCUACUCUGCUCAUGCGGAUCUGCAGCAAAUAAUACAUUUAUCCCUGUAGCCGAUGGGUACGAUGGUGGAUACCGGCCCUGGGGGACUGAAGGUGCAAAACCUGAGGAUGUGGAUGUGACCAAUUUGCUUGUAAGUUCGGGUGCUCCAGAAAGUUAUGAUUUGAGCUCACACAACUACAUAUCUGGAGGAGGUGGAGGACUGGAAUCAACAACAGCAGCAACAACAGCUGCAGCUGGUGACUUUGGAACUUCGAGGGUUCAUUCUAGAUCUUUUGGCACAGGACUGGGUGCAGCCACUGCAAUGGGCACUGGGGCAGGAAUCAUUGGGACUGGUUUGGGAAUACAUGGAUUUUCUAGAGACAGUAAUGCUGCAGGGUCGGUGACUGGAGCUAUGUCUUCACAUUACAGAGAUGGAGGCACUGUAAACACAACUUUUGUGGAGAACUACUUUGCAGAAAAAGCGGAAGCCUACGCCAAUGAGGAUGAAUCUCGACCAGCAAAUGAUUGCCUUUUGAUUUAUGAUAACGAAGGUGUGGGAAGCCCUACUGGGUCUAUCGGAUGCUGCAGUUUUAUUGAUGACGACUUGGAUGACAGCUAUUUGGACAAUUUGGGACCAAAAUUUAAAACUCUGGCAGAAAUAUGUUCUGGUAAAAAACCCGAUCCUGUGCCGAGUGCUAGAGAACCAAAAAUAGUUACUAGUAUUCCCAGAGUAGAGCCCGACAGCUUUUCAUUGCCAUCUACCCCUAUUCCUAGUUCUACCUAUGUAAGUGAAAGCUUUUCAUCCUCCAACCUGCCACCUGCUAAACCUAUUUCUGAGCCUAGAGAUUAUGUAGUAACUGAGACUUACACAACAUCUGGUCCUGCUAUGAACCCCUCUGUAUAUGCAUUUGAUCCAAUUGUUCAGCCUAACAUCUUGGUGACAGAGAGAAUGCUUGGGUCUACUUCAGGAGUGAGAGGUGCAUUUCCUGAAAUAACUGAUAGAUCCAAUGUUAUUGUGACAGAAAGAGUUAUGCGCCCUGCUUCUGGGGUACAUGAUAUAGUUGAUUUUGCAAAUAUACAAGACAGUUCAAAUGUACUACGGGAGAGAAUGAGAGCACCUAGCAGUUCAAGGAAUGCUGGGUCAUUCAAUUUCCCAGAUUUAAGUGACAGUCAGAAUGUUGUUGUUACUGAAAGAAUGAUACAUCCCAUCUCCAAUGCUCAAGGAAAUUUAGAUAUGCAUUCUAAUUUUAUGGAUGGCCAGAAUGUUCUUGUAACUGAAAGGCUGAUACAACCAGUAUCCAAUGUUUCCAGUGGUAGAAAUAUCCAUCCUGAUCUAGUCGGGGGACAAAAUGUAAUAGUGACAGAAAAAACAGUUCGAUCUGCCCAGGGUAGUCAAAGCCAUGUGCUAAGACCUGAAUCCUUACUAACUGUUGGUUCCACAUCCCCCGGUGUCACUCGCAGUAGGGUCACCAAGUACAGCACCGUACAAUCUGGCCCUGGUGUCCAAAGCCAUGUGCUAAGCCCUGAUCCCUUACUAACACAAACUGUUGGAUCCACUUCCCCCGGUGUCACUCGCAGUAGAGUCACUAAGUACAGCACCGUACAGUAUUCCCAAUAAUACAUCUUUUGUGAUAUUUGUUUAAAGAUUCGAGAUAUAAUAGAGUUAUCAGUGUAAAGCUUGUUUUGGACCCAUAAAACUGAUAU